AUGGCUCUAAACGCAGAGAAGGCAGCAUCCACAGUACUCCCCUCAACUCAGUCUGGACGCCAUGUUAGUCCUUCUCCUCAUGGACUCAGGCAUCGUCCAUUGGCAAGAGCUGCAACCUUUGCUGACGGCCAUCCACAAAUGAAUCGACGGAGGAGUUCAUUUCUUUCCGAGACGCUUUCUGAAACGCGCAAAUCUUUCCGUUCAUCAACAGACGACAUCUUCUUGCCGAGAGCUAGAGGCGAAAACGAUUUUCAAGAUCAAGAUGACACCUCUCACUGGCACUCGUUACCACUAGUGUUGGCCUUGCUUCCUGCCGUUGGUGGUAUUUUCUUCACCAAUGGCAGUGCAUUCAUCACAGAUGUCACAUUAUUGGCCCUGGCAGCAAUCUUCAUGAACUGGGCCCUCAGAUCUCCAUGGGACUGGUACAGAGCUUCACAAAGUUCUACUAUCUUAGAACCAAUUUCUCCAUCGGCAAUUUCGCCCAUCGAAGAGCACGAUGAGUUGAACGAGCCCUCCGGCGAGGUGAUGCCUCAAAAGGCAACAACUUCAAGCAAGCCCCAUUCCCAACCAGAGCUCAAAAUCCCACGUGUACUAAACACUGAUGCAGCUUCCGCUCAAAGGGAGCUUCGCCUCCAUGAAAUGGUGGCAUUGUUCAGCUGCUUUGCUUGUCCAUUUUUGGCUGCUUGGCUUUUGCAUACAAUCAGAUCACAGCUUACUCGACCUUCUGAAGGAUUGGUCUCCAACUAUAAUCUCACCAUAUUCCUCCUAGUUGCUGAAGUCCGACCGAUUGCUCAUCUGAUCAAACUCAUUCAACGUAGAACAUUCUUCCUGCAGAGGCGUGCCAACUCGGACGUUUUGUUAGACUCUAAGCGAGCAGAUACUCAGCAAGUGUUCGACAUUAUGCAUAGAUUAGAUGCGCUAGAACUUCAUAUUGCCGAUAAGAUCGCCAAUACUGGUGAGCAGGAACCCGAAACCCGAGAAGCACUUGCUGCCAAAGCCUCUGCGUUGGCGACUGCCGACGUCAAAAAGAUGAUCUCACCUGAGCUGGAUGCUCUCAACAGAGCAAUGCGUCGCUAUGAAAAGCGAACUACCAUUUCAUCCGUGCAAAUAGAGGCAAGAAUCCAAGACUUGGAAGCUCGUCUACAGGAUGUGGUCGCACUUGCCGCGGCUGUCCAGCGCAAUGCAGAUCGCCAGUCAACCAGUUACGCCUCAACACUGAUCAACGGCAUUUCCGCAGUGGUUGUUAUUCCAGUGCAGUAUGCGAUGUACCUCUCAAGCAUUCCCGCCACAUUAUUCUCAAACAUUAUUUCACUACCAAAGAGGUACAUCACCAAAUCAAAGAGUUCGACGACAAAGGACUAUCGAGGCUCACGCAAAAACCCAUCUGUCAAGGCAGUCGAGCGCGAGAAGAGGGCAAAGCAAUCAACCUAG